AUGGUGAGCUGCCCUCUGCGCGGGCCGCACAGCGCAGGAGGACCGAGCAGCGGGUCUGGCGCACGAAGUCGAGGUGUUGUCCUGGGGUCUCCAAAAAGGGGAACAGUGGAUUUCCUAAAUCAUUGCCGCUGCCAUGCUGAGCGAGACAGCGGCCAGGCAGGACCCAGUGUCAUGAUCUUAACUGAGGAUAUUUCUCUUAUUCUGUCAUAGCAACAAGAGCAAGAUCCCACAAAUCUAUACAUCUCAAAUUUACCCGUUUCCAUGGAUGAGCAGGAGCUGGAGAAUAUGCUGAAACCCUUUGGGCAUGUCAUUUCCACCAGAAUAUUACGAGAUGCUAAUGGAGUCAGCAGAGGAGUCGGCUUUGCCAGAAUGGAGUCUACAGAAAAAUGUGAAGUAGUAAUUCAACAUUUUAAUGGCAAAUAUCUGAAAACCCCACCCGGUCUACCAGCCCCCACUGAGCCUUUGCUGUGCAAAUUUGCUGAUGGAGGGCAAAAGAAGCGCCAGAAUCAAAGCAAAUAUACACAGAAUGGAAGGCCGUGGCCCAGAGAAGGAGAGGCUGGCAUGGCUUUGACUUACGAUCCAACAGCUGCUAUACAGAAUGGAUUUUAUUCCUCACCAUACAGUAUUCCAACAAACCGCAUGAUUCCACAGACAUCAAUCACGCCAUUCAUUGCUGCUUCCCCUGUCUCUACAUAUCAGGUCCAGAGUACUUCAUGGAUGCCUCAUCCGCCAUAUGUUAUGCAACCAACAGGUGCUGUGAUAACACCAACAAUGGACCACACUAUGUCAAUGCAGCCAGCAAGCAUGAUGGGCCCUCUGACCCAACAGAUGAACCACCUUUCCUUGGGCACAACAGGAACGUACAUGACUGCUGCUGCACCUAUGCAAGGGACCUACAUUCCCCAGUACACUCCUGUGCCUCCAACAGCUGUCCCUAUUGAAGGUGUUGUUGCUGAUACUUCUCCACAGACAGUAGCAUCUUCAUCACAGGAAGCCAGUGGUCAACAGCAACAGAUGACUGUGGAAACAUCCAGUGAACAUGCACCUGCAUAUUCUUACCAACAGUCUAAGUAA